AUGAGAGACUGUCUGUGCCCUUGUGCGUUCGAAGCGUCAAAGAAGAAGCAGAAGAAGAACAGAAAGUGGAGGUGUAAAAGAAAAAGUUUAGUAUUGUUCAGCACACCCGGGUACUUUAGCACUCGGACGCCAUCCGCGCUGUUGCUUCCCCGCUCCUCUUCAGUCGCCAGUGACAGCGGCAUCCCCGAGCAAGAGACACCACCACACCACCAGAACUACGAGCAGCAGCAGUACUUGCCGACCAUCGCAGCAUCGCAGCAGACAACCACCGACGACGCAAUCUACGCAUACCUCAUGUCCGCCCACGGACACUACUACAACAGCGGCGGGGGCAGGGACAGCGGCGGCGGCGGAGGGGGUGGAGGCAGCGGAGGAGGGGGUGGAGGAGGUGGAGGACAGCCCUCACAGUCCCCGUUCUACUCUUCCCAGGGCCCCCCGCAGCACCACGGAUAUGUCCCGAAUUCGGCCGCCUCGCCGGUAUCAAACUACUCAAACUCGCCGCCCCAGCAGCAGCCUCCCCCCAUCCGCUCACACACGGCAGCCCCGUACAGCUCUGGUGGGUAUGCUCCCCCGUCAAACCAAGCUCCAGGCGGUGGGUACUACGGCCAGCCCCCAUCCCAUCCCUCGCAGGCCUCAGGACCACCCCCCUCGUCGCAGGGCCCGUAUCGGACCCAGCAGGGAGGAGGAGGGAGUCGUCCUGACCGUCACGAAUUCUCACCUUCCGGGCAGUCGCAGCCCCCACCACGCUCCGACUAUGGCCCUCCUGCUUCAGCGGGGGGAUACUCUCCAGACCUGCCAGCCAUAAUCGCAAACACACACAACCUCCCUCCUGAAGUCGUACAGCGCCUGGCAGAGGAUCUCAUGCGAAGCAUCCAGUUCGGGCAACCAGGAGGACCAGGAGGAGGAGGAGGAGUUGCACCGGCCGGCGCAGCCCCAUUGCUAACGCAGCCGGUUGCUCCCCACGGCCAGCAGCGCCAAGGCUCCCCCGCUGUCACGACGAUCCCUGCCCCGCCACCACAGCCACAGGGCGGUCACGGGCCACACCAGCCACACUACGGUAUGCCGCCGGUGCCUGGGCCCUUCCCGGGCUACGGCCCGGGUGGCCAGGAGACUGCACCCGCGCCGGGCCCGCCGCCGCCGCACCACGGGCAGAAGAUGACCCACAGCCAGCAGUACGGGGCGCCCCCAGGCCAGGCCAGCUACUUCCCGCCGCAGCCAGCACCAAUUGGGGCCUCGGGGCCUCCGCAUAUGUCGCCAAAGGGACCGCCAGCUAUGGCGUUGAGGGAUGAUAAUCUGGGCAGGAAACCUUCACACAGACAGUCAAAGUCGAAUGCAACAUCGUCUGGAUAUGGGCCAACACCAGGGACAUCAGCGUCCUCCACGCCGUCAGGGAAGCCAAAGAUGAGCAUGGACGAUGGGGCCAUCUUCUUCGAGCUGUGGGGAGAUCUUGUCGACAAAGAGCCUGGGAGGGAGCCUAGACCAAAGGAAAAGCUUGUCACCCUGUUGAGGGAGACUGCAAACUAUAUGAUCAAGGAACGCCCGGUCAAGGAGAGCAUCGUCAUCACGCCCGAGAAGAUGGUCGACUUUUACACCUGCAACGCCGUCGAGAAGGAGCCCCUCGACUGGAAGCUUUUCUUCACCGGCCGCACUCUGGCCUCGCUGUCAUCAAUCUACCGCGCUCUCAACUGUGAGCACUUCUACAUGCCCCCUGCGUCGGACCAGAAGCCGUGUAUCCCAGCACUCACCCCGCGCGGGUUCGAGACCUGGAUGUUUACGCAGCUGAUGUCCGACCCCAACCGCGAGUCGCAGCGUCUGCAGAAGCUGGUUUCAAACUGGCAGGUCAUCAACCCCAAGACCGGCCAUCCGUUCCCAAAGUCGAUCCCCCGACGAUGCUUCCCGGAGAAGGAGGACGCCAUCAUCUCUGACGGCUGGUGGAGAGUGUGGGAGGAGUUCCCGCGCGACUAUAGCGAAGACUCGGAAGAUGAAACACUUGCCCUGCCCGCACCAGGAGGAGGUCACCACUAUCCGCCGCGAGAGCAGAUGACGCCCCCCGAGGCCAUGGAGGGCCCAUUUGUGCCCGCAGGCCCUCCCCACAGAGGCGGCAGUAAGAAGAUCCCCAUGACCAUGCCCAUGUCCUAUCCUCCGGACGACGACGAGGACGACCGCCGCCACGGCCCGCCCAAGGGUAAGUCCAAGACCCCCCGAAAGCCCGACCCACACUGGCGCGAGUCGGAACUCAACCCCCGUCCUAUCCUCGGCGAGGAAGCCCGCGCGGCACCGCCAACCCGUCCCCACACAUCCCACGGACACCAUCCCAGCGCCGACAGCCCCGACAAGCCACGCUCCUCACGCCAGCGUGACCGCUCCGAAUACCGUCACCGCCGGCAUCAGUCCCGCCACCAGUCCCGCCACAGGCACGAAGAGAGAUCCCCUAGCCCCGACGAAGGUGACUGGUCAGCGUCCUCCGGCAUUUCCGCGCGCACGCCCGGCAGCGGAGACGGCCCUCCGCUCGAUGCACCUGCACCACCACCCGCGGGGGGCAGCAAGAGGGCUGAGGAAGUCGUGCGUGAGCAGCGGGAGGCAAUAAGGCGCUUCGAGGCGCAGAACGCGCGCAACAGACAAUACGACGAUUCGUACCCGGAUGACUUCGAGGAGUACCAGCACCCACGAGACCGCGAUAGGGAGAGAGAUGAUCGUCGCGUCGCCGAGUACGCUUACCAGGAUGAGUUCGAGCGCGAUGUGCGACGGACAUCUACCGGGGGCGCGGCGGCGGCGCCCGCGCCCGGCAGCGACGGCGGCAGGAGGAGUCAUCAUGGUGGUGGGCGGAGGGAGGGCCCCGGUGGCUUCUAUAGGUGA